UUGGGCAGAAUAGAGAUAACAUUUGAUUUAGAAGUCUACGUUCCUUGCAUUAAGAAGCCAAUUUUGAGAAAAUCCUCAACGAAAAGCAUGGACAAGUUUUUCAAGAGUUCUGCACUUUCUUCCCUGCUUCUUGCUUUCCUAGCUUUAUCAACCACUUCUUCAAGGAUACUCUUAGCUGAAGCUAGGGUUGCCCACUUCUUUGCUAUGCAAGGUGCAAAACCUGAAUUUGAAAUGAAAUGUUUAAUUCAUUUGUGGCAGAAUGCCAGAAACUCUAGUCUCUCAUCACCGAGAAGCAGAUACUUAGAAAAUCCUCUCAACGAAAAGGAUGGAGAGGUUUUCCAAGAGUGCCACGCUUUGUGCCCAGCUUCUGGUUUUCCUAGCUUUAUCAAACACUUGUGCGUGGACACUCUCAGCGGAGGCAAGGGUUCCUCAUUUAGUCAUUUCUCUGCUAUCAAAGAAGCUCUAAUCCCUUAUCACCAAAGUAUUGUGCACCGUCGCAGUCUAAACUCUAAAGCCGACUCCUCCUCCUCGUCCUCCAACUGGAGGUACAAGCCAACAUAAUGAUGAUUGGGGUCAUCGUUGAUGAACACCAUGGUUGAUCUGGUUUAGGAACUUGAAGUCUGCUAUUGAGACAAUUAAUUAUACAAUCUGAUUUUCUUCUCCUCUUUCUCAUCCUUUUCCCCCCACAAAUCUAAUGACAGAAUAAUGUUUCUAUUUAUAUGUAUCACGAAUAAUGUUUUUGCAGUAAAUUCAUGACACAGUU